AUGACCACUAUAACUUCUCUUGAGUUGGCGAGUAUUCGCCCUACUGACGAGGGUGAGGCAGAACUUUCAUCUAUCGAUGCGCUUCCACCAACAGAUCGAGGUCGAGGGGCUUAUACAGCCCUGGCUUGCUGUACAAUUGCCCAAGCGCCUAUAUGGGGUUACUCGGUUUCAUUUGGAAUCUUUCAAGAGUACUACACCGCUCAUACCAGCCUCAAGGCCUCCCCAAGCGCUAUCGCGUCCAUUGGCGCAUCUCAGACAGGAAUCAUGUAUCUCAUGAUGCCUCUGGCCUUCAUCGCUCUAAAUCGCUUCCCCCGUCUUCGGAAGUGGUGCGGUCCUCUUGGCCUAGCUAUCACCAUAAUCAGCUUAAUAACUUCAGCUUUCGUCGGUAACGUUGCUGGCCUCAUCGCUACCCAGGGUGUUCUUUACGCUAUUGGGUGUAGCUUGCUUUUCAGUCCAAUUUCACUCUACAUGGACGAAUGGUUUGUCAAACGAAAAGGUUUUGCCUACGGAGUUAUGUGGGCUGGAAAAUCAAGUGUUGGUGUCGCUAUGCCGUUCCUCUUCAACAUCUUACUCCAGCGAUUCGGGCUCAAAGCAACCUUACUGUCUUGGGCAGUGGCAUCAGUUGUUAUGACUUUACCAACGCUCUUCUUUCUGAAGCCUCGAGUUGAAGUCAGUCGUGAUUCAAGGCCGCGUCCUAUCAGCUUUGCUUUCUUUGGAUAUGCUUCAUUCUGGAUGCUUCAGUUCGGCAUUAUUGUACAGUCAUUGGGAUAUCUGAUGCCAAGCACUUACUUGGCUAGUUAUGCCACAGCAAUUGGACUUUCAUCUGUCACAGGACCGAUCUUGCUGGCGCUCUUUUCGCUUGCCUCCGUGCCUGGAUCUCUUAUCCAUGGAAUGUUAGGCGACAAGAUGUCUGGUGCCAAAGUCAUCCUUGUCUCCUCUUUGGGAAGUGCACUUCCAGUGUUCCUCCUGUGGGGUUUGGAUCGUCAUAUCAGCACGAUGGUGGUCUUUGUGAUUCUCUACGGCUUCUUUGCCGGAGGGUUCAGUGCGACAUGGUCAGGAGCUCUGCAAGAAGUCAAGGGGACAAAUGAAUCAAUCGAUACAUCCUUGGUAUUCGGUAUGCUACUUGGAGGCCGUGGUCUAGGCUUCAUUGUUGCCGGGCCUCUCAGUGGUGCGCUCAUCUCAGCAGGAAGUUCGUUGGCGAGUGGUGAUAGCCUUGGGUAUGCGACCAAAUAUGGUCCGAUGAUCCUUUGCACUGGCGUCACGGCAAUUCUUGGAGCGUGGGCACCUAUGUGCAAGAUCGCCAAUUCUGUUGGGAAGAAAGGACUCGAAAAAUGUGCAAGACUGAUAUUGUAA